AUGUAUGCCUACGUGUCCGAUGCAAGCAAUGGUAUACAAGAAUACAAAAAGCUUCCUUCUUCGGGCCCGAAGGAACUCACUCCUAAUAUGAUUCGCUCUAUCGAGGAAGCAGACAAGCCUACGAAGAGGGGCAAGAAACCAGAAACUCAGAAGGAGGUGAGAGUUACCAAACCAUUCAAGGGACCAACUCCCAAGAAGCAAAAGUCAUACAAAGUUGCUCCUUCCCAACCCAAGCAGAAGAAGUUGAAGAAGCCAGCCCGAAGACUCAUUCUUCAAUCUUCCAGUGAUUCAGAUUCUUAG